ACAGACUGCUUGUCGUUUCAGUAUUCCACUAAACACAAGAACCGAAUGGGGUGUACAAUAAUCACCCCCAAUUUGUGUUGCCAGCAGUAUGCAAAGUAGUCAUCCAAUAUGCCCAAAAAGAAGCCCACACCCGUUGAGGACCUUGUUAUACCUCCGCAAAAUACCAAAAUUUGCGGAACGAUUUGUUUAUGUCAGUUAACUUUAAUUCUGAGCAGUGUCGCUAUAGUGUACCUAACAGUCGCAAUUUAUGUUCCUUCAACUCGAGCAAUGAAAUCAGGAAUCUCAGAAACACCAGUGAUGUGUACGACUACCAGGGCCGUGCAAGUGGAGUCUUGUGAUUGGGGCUCGUGUGGGGAAUGGUGUUUGAGCAAAACCUCAGGAUCUUGUAUGCAGAUUUACGUUAACCUUAGAAGAAACGGUUCAAAUUUGUUGUUAGUGAACUGUACGAGCAUAGCGCAGAAAAUUUGUUAUGGUAAAGAUCAAGAAAACGCUAAAAGGAGUAGAUGCAUUGCAGAUGAAUGUAAGAAUUUGACAGGAACCUUCAACUGCUCAAUGGGUAUGUGCCUAGAUUUGACAGAUUCUUUCGAAUGUAUCUAUAAAUAUACCGAUCCACCUUUAAAAUGUUCUGGCAGAAGGGGCAAAAUUACGUGCAUUGACUUAAAUGGAUUGUAUAGCUGUAACCGAGGUACCUGUGAGCGGAUCCGCACGCCUUAUAACUGUGAUCGUCACUGUGGAGGUGCGGAUAUAGUUACCAGAAACAAAAAUGUUAUAGUGCUAAGUGGAGAUGAGGUUUACUUAUCGCAAUGUCAAAGAUGUAUCGACAGUGAUACAGGACAAGAAGUCUGGAACGAGUCCCAAGACAACGUAAUGAUGGCUUCUUGUCAUUCCAUUUUAAACACUUCAAGAGGCUUGGAAGCUACAGAUUGCGUAAACGGUUCUUUGCUAGCAAAUAAUAUGCUACCAAACGUAACAAACUUUACGUACAUUAGUUAUUUGAGUAUUUUUAGUACAGUUACUUUAGACGAACGACAAAUAGUGGCUCCUCCUGAACCUGAUUUGCUGAUUGCUAACGAUAGUAGAUUACUCAUUAAUUUAGAAGGCUGUGUUAAUACUCUUAGAGAUGAAUGCAGAGAUUUUUUAAAAGUUUACGGUAAAGACGGUACUGAUCAUUUUGCUAGAGCGCGGUUCCCUUGUUUCUAUUCCCUGGAUAAUCCAUAUUUAGUGGUAGCACGCUUUGACUUGGCAACAACAACAAAACAAUUUUUGAUAGCAUCUGUCCUGCCCGUAGUACUACUGGUAGUAUCUUGUUUAACACUUAUUCUUUGUCAGCGUGCUGUUGUGGUGGGAGAUGAUGCUAGAAUGCGAUUCCAAGGUUGCAUAAAAUCCGAAGCUCAGCCUCUUGAGAAAACUGCUUCGACCAACAAUAUUAAUGACAGAGGUGGUGAUAAUUCAAUUAUGGCACUUUGA